GCGCCGGCUCAAUACAUCGCAUCUUUACCGUCGAAAAACGUUCGCACCAUGCUGGUGGACGCGCUGAACGUUUGGUUCCAAUUGGCACCCAAGGAGCUCCAAGUCAUCAAGGAGGUUGUGACGGACCUGCACAAUUCAACAUUGAUCUUGGAUGAUAUUCAAGAUGACUCACCCCUCCGACGGGGCAGCCCUGCGACUCAUACAAUCUUCGGCUCCGCGCAAUGUAUAAACACUGCAACCUAUAUUGUGGUUGAGGCCGUACAGAAAGUCCGUCAAUAUCCUCAAAUGUUCCCCGAGUUUCUGAAUGGGCUAUCACAGCUUGCGCUGGGUCAAAGCUGGGACUUGAAUUGGAAGCAUAAUGCUCAUUGCCCUUCCGUUCCCGAAUAUACUACCAUGAUCGACGGUAAGACUGGGGCAAUGUUCACAAUGAUUGUUCACAUGAUGGCCAGCCUCGCCCCAGCACCGUCCGCCUGGCCGCUCCCGGAGCUGGAUCGGCUGACAGAGCUGUUGGGUCGGUGGUUCCAGAUCCGAGACGACUACCAAAACCUGUGCGACGAAACGUACACUGAGCAAAAGGGGUUCUGCGAGGACCUGGAUGAAGGGAAAUUGUCAUAUCCUGUGAUUGUAUGCUGCGAGUCGGACUCGACCGCGCGGGAUAUUAUUUUGGAGUCUCUCCUACGUGACAAACAACAAGGGAAGUCAUUGGCUCCAGCUCAGAAGCUGAAAAUUAUCGAGCUGAUCCGGAGCUCAGGGGCAUUGCUUAAAACCUGGCAGACCAUUCAGCAUUUGAUGAAGGAGACUCAAGCCGCACUCUCAGUAGUGGAGGCGUGUAUAGGGAUUCCGAACCCGCCGAUCCGUUUAGUUGUGCAUUUGUUG